CACUACUUCCUCUUCCUCCCCGACCUCUUCAAAUUAGGGUUUGUCGUACCUGAUCCGUUCAUGGCGACGUACCAAAUCUUCGUGAAGUUUCUAGACGGAAGGACCCGCUGCCUCCAGAUCCCGUCUCCCACCGUUUCCGGUGAAGAUCUAAGGCGCGAUAUUGUAACCAGAACUGGAAUCCCCCCUCGAUCCCUCCGCGUCGUCUCCGGAAUCCGGGAGAUCUCUGACUCUACCAUCAUAUCGGCCUCCAGUGAUGGUCUCUUCCCCUCCAUCACCCUCCUUCUCCGUCUCCCCGGUGGCAAAGGAGGGUUCGGUUCCCUGCUCCGAGGCGCGGCGACCAAGGCUGGUCAAAAGAAAACAAACAACUUUGACGCUUGCAGAGACAUGAGCGGUCGCCGGCUGCGCCAUGUGAACGCCGAGAAGAAGCUCGAGGAGUGGAAGGCCGAGGCCGAGGACCGAAGGUUGGAGAAACUCGCGGAGGAUUUCCUUAAGAAGAAGGCGAAGGAGGUGAAAAAGAACUCCAAGGUGGAUGUGGAAAAGUACUUGGAGAAGUACAGGGAGGAUACUGAGAAAUGCAUGGAGAAGGUUGAGGAAUCGGUGCGACAAUCCUUUGCAUUGUACAAGGAGUCGAAGCGCAAAAUUUUACCGUUAUCAGAACCUUCUUCUAAGCGUCUUAAGAUAUGGCUGGGAAAGAAAAAGGUGGAUGAAAGUGAGAGUGAGAGUGACGAUGGCGAACUUGAAGAUAAAGACGAUGACAGUGAGAAUGGCGAUCAGAAAUCUGAGGUGUUAGAUAGUGGAAAUUCUUCAAAUCAAAGCGAACUGCAAGAUGGCGGCUCACCAUCUGGUUCUGCUUCUAUCACUAAUUCCGACGUAGAAUCAUCUGGUGGUGGUUCUGAAACGAGAAAUGUUGAUGAAAUAAAUAAAGGUGGCGCCUUGAAUUCUCUGGUAAUAGAACAGGAGUCUGGAAGUAGGGGCAGUGAUUCUGCAUCAGAUGAAAUUCUCAACUGUGUAACUGGAACACCGGAGGAAGUUGAUGCUCCAACUGAUUUGGUUUCUGGUUCCAUGGUGGUAACAGAGUUAAGUGUGGCUAAAUCAAAAGAGGAAAAUCAACCUCAGUCAGUGCAGAAAAAGACUGAUCUUGUAGUUGAAUCGACCACUGACAAUUCCUAUGUAGAUGGAUCUCUUAAUUUUGAUGAUUAUGACUCUCCAGAUGGUUUGGAGCUGCUUGGAAUGGAACAACUCAAAACAUUGCUACAGAAGUAUGGUCUUAAAUGUGGCGGUACCUUGAGGGAGCGUGCGGCAAGGCUCUUCCUGCUCAAAACAACUCCUGUGGAGAAGCUGCCUAAGAAGGUGCUCGCUAGGCCUUGAGAGAGCUGAGGUGUUAACCGUUUACCAUCAAUGGGUACUUCAUCCCGCCUACUACUAACCAUCAGCACCUUGCAGCACAGUGAUAAAUGAUAGAAUUGUGCGUAUGGAUGUAUUACUAUUUAGAAUCUGGAAUAUCGUGGUUAUACUCUAUGUUGGUGCAUAUUUUAACUCGCAUAUAUUUUUUGGUUAAACUGAAUAGAACCGAUAUAGUAAAGUUAGACUGGUAAUUUUAUCUUAUCCUGUGAAUCAAAACUUGUUUCAUGAAAAA